AUGCGGUACCGCGCGACCAUCGUCCUUUCUAUCUGUAUCCUUGUGACCGCAUCAGCGGAUACCUUCGGAGCCGGUCUCAAACUGAUCGGAAGGAUGUACGAGAACUGUGAACAAUCUCAGGAGAUGCUCAAGUGUUUCAAGAUCCAAGCAGCAAAGUUAGCAGAUAGAGCAGCUCGGAUGGAUACACUGCCUCUAUUCGACGGCGUCGCCCUGGUCAGAGGAGUGAAUCAGGAGCGCGCAUACCCGUCUUCUCUGCCGGAAGGUGAUUUAAAUGCGCUGACGUCAAACGAAGUCGACAAAUGUCUUCAAGAAGCUACAACAAAGUUGAUGCAGACACAUCGAGUUAUUAUAUCACCGGCGAGCAUCGGUGAUGAUAUAGGAAGGUCAUUGAGUCAAGCUAGAGGGAAAUUGAAGAAAAUGAUAGGACCGAUAUUAGCUGGUGUUGCUAUUAAAGGUGGGUUCUUGGCUAUGGCUUUCCAAGCAAUUGCUCUAAUAGCUGGUAAAGCUCUGCUUAUAGGUAAGAUUGCUUUAUUACUGUCGGCUAUAAUUGGUUUGAAAAAGUUAGUUUCUGGUGGAGACAAUCAUGAGAAGACUACGUAUGAGAUCGUGAAGCAUCCUCAGGUAUCCCAGAGUCAUACAUAUUCGUCGUCUCAUUAUGGAAGUGAUUUCGAUACUACCGGUCCAGGAGGUCAUUAUAGGAGAAGCGUAGAGGAUGAAGCAGCCGCCCAGGACAGAGCAUAUCGAGCAUACGCCAAGACACAAUAA